AUGAUGGCCACAAAGGAGCUUCAGAUUCAGUUGGAGAAGAGGUUGCAGAAGCAGAACGAGGAGUUCACUAGUCCGAUGCGGCGUUUGCAUGGUAUCAAAAAUUUGAAUCUACCUCCUCGCUCGGGCACGACUUUGGCUCCGAUUCGCAUCGCUUCGCCCUACCCCUCGACAGAGCCCUCCCCACGCGACGCAGAGCACCCGAUCUGGAAGCGGAUCCGGGCAGCGGAGAAGCAGCGCGAUGAGGCGCUGCGGCAGCUCCGGGAGAUCGAGCACAGCUCGGCGAAGACGGGGUGCGAGGCAGCUGCUGAGAUCGUGCGCCUGCGGAUGAAGACACAGGACAUGAAACGAGAGGUGAACACGGCCAAGGAGGAGGUGCAUGUGCUCCGAAGGACGCGGACGCAGGAUAUGCUGCGGCAACGAAGCGCUGAGGAGGCACACGAGAGAUUGAGCUAUGCCUCGGAGUGUGCCAUGAAGCAAAAGCUGGAGCUGGAGGCUGAAGUCCUCCGGGCCAAGGAGGAAAAGCGGCAGUUAGCUGAACAGGUGGAAAAGCUGGAGUCGGCAGUCACCCAGCACAUCCGUACGAAGGUGGAAUUGCAAGAGAGGCUGAUGAAAAGCCGCGAAUGUGAAGUGAACUUGCGUGAAGAGUUGAAGAAUCGCAAGUCUGAGUUGGCCAUGAAAACCUUCUCCUUACACACGGAUGAUGAUGCUGAUGAUACAGAUGAUCGUGAUUUGGAUGAUUUAGAGUUCAGUUACGAUGGUCUGGAUCUCUGCAAUUUGAUGCCCUUUGAUCGAGCCUUCCGUCUAGCCAGCUCAGGGCGGCACAAACCGGUAGAGCUAGAGCCGGCAGAGCCCGAGCUAGAUGACCAGCAGUUCCAGGAGGCCGUCGAGUCCUUGGAAAAAGUCAUUCUCGAGUUCACUCGUUCUCUUGAAGCGGAGGAGGCUGAGAAGGCGAAGACCUCACCGGCCUCGACGGCACCUGUCACACCGGUUGCACAGCCCAUUGCGCCCGAGUCGGAGACCGAACACCGAGUGGAGACCAUUGAGGCUGAAGAAGCCACGCCGAAGUCGCCGAAGUCACCCCCGCGGGUUCUCUCGGGCUUUGCUUUCAUGUCUCCUUAUGCUUCCUUGUACAAAUACAUGUGA